UCUGCAACUUCAGUUAUAACUGGCUCAUCUCCGCAUAGGAUGACGCUCGUCCUAAAACCACCGUCACUGGGUGACCUUAUGGUAUUUGAGGACUUUCUCACUCAUCCUACUCAUCACCAACCCAAGUCCAUGGCUGAGAGAAAACAUGACUGGCCAAGUCGGACGGAAAAGAGAUACAAAUGUGCCUAUGAAGGAUGCGAUAGAGCUUACACCAAACCAUCAAGACUUGCUGAGCAUGAGAUGACCCAUCGAAAUGAGCGACCCUUCGCCUGUUCACAAUGCCCUCGGACAUACUUCAGAGAAGACCACCUCAAAGCCCAUGCGCGCACCCAUUCGAACGUAAAGAUCAAGCCCUUCCCGUGUACCCGUGAAGGCUGCAAACAGUCUUUCUGGACUGCAUCAAAACUUCGUCGACAUGAAGAGGUUCACGAUAAGGACGGUGCCUAUCCUUGUGACAAGUGUGAGGCUGCGUUCAACAAGCACCACCUUCUCCGAGAACACGUCGCUGUAGCCCAUAUGCCUCCCGGUACCAAACCUUUCAUCUGCACUCAUGAAGGUUGCAGCGCUUCUUUUGCAACGAAAGCUCAUCUCAAGAAUCACGAGAAGACCCACGACGAAAGACGGUAUAUUUGUUCUCACCACGAUCAUGGCGAAGAUUUCCCCAAAUUUUCCAAGUGGACAGAACUUCAAAAGCACAUAUCUACGGAACACCCGCCCACAUGUCCUCAUCCUGAAUGCAACGGUCGAAUUUUCAAGAACAAUCAACGUCUGAGGGAUCAUUUGCGUGUACACGCGGAUCAACAGGCCGACAAAGCUGCGCUUGCGGACCGACGCGAGGAAGAAAUGCCACAAUUGCUGUUAGAAGGGUUGGGCAAAAGUAGAAAGAAGAGGAAAUCUUUUGCGCAACGGGAGGCAGAGGACAACGGACCUAGGAAGUUGAGAAAGAUUCUCAACGGUGAUGCUGGAAAAGAUUGGGCUUGUGAGCAUGAGAGCUGUGACAAAAAAUUCAAAUCUCGAUAUGCUUUAGAAACCCAUAUCAAAGUUGUCCACCAAAACAUCCGUGAACAUGUUUGCCCCCGUGAAGGGUGUGGCAAAGCGUAUGCCUACAAAACCAAUCUGAAUCAACAUCUCGCCAAACAUAAUUUAUACGCGGGACCUUCGAAAACCGCGACAUCUGAAAGCGGGAUGUUGACUGGGAUGGUCAAGGAGAUGAGGAGAUUCAUCUGUCCUGCAUGGGCAUUAGGCGUCUUUCCAGAGAACGGGGAUAUGAUUGUCACUCCACCGCGGCCUGAGCUUCUUACGGAGGACAAUAAUGGUAAUGAACAACUUCAAUCUAUCGUCAGAUGCAGAGACCCUGCACCGGAGUCAACCACUACCGCCAACACUUCAGCAAUACCAACACAAUCGACACCCGAAGAUUUGAUUGGCAAGAGGUGUAUCCUUCGAUUCUGGAGAGUGUACGACGUUCGACGGCAUCUCAAGUCAGAGCACCGUGUCGAGCUUGACGAUAUGCAAAUUAGGAGAUUGUUGCUCAGCACUGGUCAAACCGGGGAAUAGAAUGUUAGAAUGUAGAUGGAUAGAAGGAAAGAUGGGAUAAUGUAUUAGUAGUAGAUAUUACUCGUAUUGUUGUAGUUACUGGCUAGUAGGAUUUGUAUUUCCGACUUUUUGCUGUGGUUUUUUGGCCAGUGAUGGUCAUUAUGAAUAUGUUCUUGAUUUCG